CAAGAGGCGUAGGCGAUCGUGAUGCCGUUGUCGGAGAGAGAAAGAGAGAGAGAAGAAGAAGAGAAGAAUAUACCUGUGGACUAGUGGUAACUCGUGGUCGCAGCGAUGAAGGCUGGACAACUCCCAAGUCCUAGAUCUGCGUGGAUAAUGCUUGGAUCUACUCAAAUCUGGAGUCAAAUAGGUUGACAGCUUGCUUGGUGCUCGUGGUGGUGCUUUUGAGCAUGAGGCGACUAGAAGAAUGCGGAAUGAGUUUAUGGCAGCCUGGGAUGGAUUGAGGUCAAAAGACAGCCAGAGAAUCCUUAUCCUAGGUGCCACAAAUCGGCCAUUUGACCUUGAUGAUGCUGUCAUUCGCCGCUUACCAAGAAGGAUUUAUGUAGACCUUCCGGAUGCUGAAAAUCGUUUGAAGAUACUGAAAAUAAUUCUUGCUGAAGAAAAUCUACAAUCUGGAUUUCAGUUUGAACAUCUUUCAAAUGAGACCGAAGGGUAUUCAGGGAGUGAUUUGAAGAACCUCUGUAUCGCCGCAGCAUAUAGACCUGUCCAAGAACUUCUGGAGAUAAAAAUGGAGGGAAGCAGAAAUGAUUUGGCUCCAGCAUUAAGACCACUCUGUAUGGAAGAUUUCAUUCAGUCAAAAGCGAAGGUGGGGCCAUCAGUUGCUUAUGAUGCAGCAAGCAUGAAUGAGCUUAGGAAAUGGAAUGAACAAUAUGGGGAGGGAGGAAGCAGGAGAAAAUCCCCAUUUGGUUUUUGAAACUAAUGUAAUAACGUAGUCCAUUAUUUAUCUCUUAUCCUCUUUUUGUACUAAUGAAGACACGUCUCUGUAUAAUUUUUUUAAUACACUUGAGUUUGAUGGAAAUCCUUUGCUUUUUAAUAGCGAAUGUUGGAGAGUGACUUGUGAGAUAUAAUGUCUAGUGUUGAGAAAUAUAUAUUUUUUGUAGCAUAGUGGUCCUAGAUAAUGGCUAAUUAUGCCUUUGUAGGCCAACAAAAUACUUUAUUUUAGAUAUUACAAGCAAUAUUCGUGAUUUUAGCCUUUGUUAUGUUGUUAUGUUAUAUGUUAUUUCUAG